GAUGGAGGCGACACGGCCGCCGCCGCAUCGAUCCCCAAUCCCUAACCCAACCAACCCCUCCACUUUCCACGGCGAGCCAGUAGAUCCACCGAUGGCCGGCACCAAGCGUGGUGGGCGGAAGGGGCGGAAGGCGGCGGCUGGCGACGACAAGCAUUCUCCCCCCAAAAGGAAGGCGGCCAGCUCCGGCGACAAGGCCGGGGCGUGCGAGGCGUCCCUGCCGACUCUCGACGUCGCGAUGCUGCGGAAGAGGCUCUUGGAGGACCUGCAAGCCUUCCCCGAGGCGGCGGUGUUGGAGGAACAUCAGCUCAAGGAGGCGGUCGACAGGCUCAUCAAGGAGUCCAAGCCCGAGACCGCGACCCCGACCGCCAAAGGCAUGGUUCGCUUCGGCGACGAUUAGAUCAGCAUGGCCUUCAUCCACGGCAACUGGUUGGGGUUCCCCACCACAGAGGACUUCCCACCCACCGGGGUGGUCUCGCUAGGGUGGCUCGAUGAGCGGAGGCGGCAGCUAGACCUUGAGGUGCAGCCGGAGAAGAGGGAGGAACCCGACAACAUGCGACUCCUGCUCGCCAAGAUCCGCGUCGACUUGCUCACCAAGGGCUACGUCGAGCUCCCCGAGCUGUACCUUGACUACACGCCCCCGAAAGUCGUUGCCCGCAGCCCGCCCAAGCACAUCCCAACAGCAGUGGCGAGUGGAUAAAGCAGCUAUGCAAAGGAUGCUCUUUGUGGUGGUGGAUUCAUCCUGUCCUGCACCUCGUAUCUGUCAGUAUCUAUCUAUGUGUGGUGAUGUAAGUCAUGCAAGUUACUAUAAUUACUUAAGUUAUCUAUAUCUAUCCAAGUUGCUGGUACUGUAAUAUGUAGAAGUGAGAAGUUAUCUAAGUUGUUAUUGGUCCUGUUACAAUGUGCUUGUAUUGAGCCAUGUAUUCAAGUUUACUAACUCUAUAUGUGCUUCACUGCACCUAUGCUAUGCUAUUUGCUCUAUGGA